CCUGCACGGUCCUUAAUGGCUUCACGCAACGUGCCUAACUGCUUAAUCUGGAAAGCCCGUCUGGGUGUUAGCUUGUUUGGCUACAUUCAAGCUACAGAGUAAUAUGUGUGGUUUUUUUUAAAUCUUGUCACGAAAGGUUGUUAUAAACCUUCCUGAAUUUAAUAAUACCUAUUAGUAAACUCAAGAGAGCGCACAGUCGAGCGUUUGUGGCGCUGCCUCGACACUUCAGUCAACACUGGCAGUCACGACACUGGCUGUUUUUGACAGCUACUCGGGGAACUUACAGUUCAGACGCAUUCUUGCCUUCUGCGAAGUACCACAGAUCAGAAACUAGCUGUAAACUCAUGGCUGAAGGAGGAAUUAUGGAGGAGAAGAACCUCUUGGAAGAAGGUGAGAGUGGGCAGAUCUCUAGUAGGCCUGGAGACAACCACCCAUUACAUGGCAUCAGGACGAGCAGCCCUUCACAUAAAAUCUGCUGGGACUACCGGAAUAAGGAAGUGACACACUCUAGGCAGGACUCCCAUGGCCGCUUUGUCAACCCUUGGCCAACGUGGCAAUUUCCAUCAUACUUUACCAUUAUGCAUCUGUUCCUUAUGGAGAAGAACAACAGCAAUGUGCCCAGCUCAAAAGAGGAGUUGGAUAAGGAAUUGCCAGUGCUGGAGCCAUAUUUUGUGCAGAACCCAGAGCAAUGUGGGCACUUGGACUCAUCGUUGCGGGUGACGUGGCUGGGCCAUGCCACCGUGCUGUUGGAGAUGGAUGGGCUGGUGGUGCUCACUGACCCCAUAUUCAGCCAGAGGGCCUCCCCAUUGUCCUUCAUGGGCCCCAAGCGCUACCGGGGUCCAGUGUGCUCUGUGGCACAGCUUCCCCACGUGGAUGCUGUUCUUAUCAGCCACACGCACUACGACCACCUGGACACAUACACCGUGGGAGCACUAAAUGCACGCUUCAGGUCAAAUCUGCGCUGGUUCGUGCCGCUAGGCAUGCUUGGCUGGAUGAAGGAACGUGGCUGUGAGAAUGUGGUGGAGCUCAACUGGUGGGAGGAGAAUGGCAUCCCUGGCCACGAAGAUGUAAUGUUUGUGUGCACACCCGCACAGCACUGGUGCAAGCGCACACCGAUGGAUGACAACAGGGUGCUGUGGGCCAGCUGGAGUGUGCUGGGCCCCAACAACCGCUUCUUCUUUGCAGGGGACACAGGUUAUUGCCCUGUGUUCGCGGAGAUCGGGAAGUGCUUCGGACCUUUUGACCUGGCUGCCAUACCUAUUGGAGCAUAUUUACCAAGAGAUAUUAUGAAAGCACAACAUGUGGACCCAGAGGAGGCAGUUCAAAUCCACAUUGACAUUCAGGCCAAAAACUCACUUGCUAUUCACUGGGGGACAUUUGCCCUAUCUUAUGAGUAUUAUUUGGAGCCUCCUGUAAGGAUGCGAGAUGCCAUGGUGGCCCAUGCUCUGAACCCAGAUCAGUUUUUCACUCUCAGUCAUGGAGAGUCUCGUCUUCUCAACACAAGAUGAAUACUAUCUAUAAGAUUAAAGUCAGUGACUACAGUGAGAAAGGAAGUGCGAGGAGUGACCAUUCAUAUUACUCACAUUGUAAUUAGUUACAGUUCCUAUUGUACUACACUUUUUGGAAUUGUUUAUUUCCAUACGUACAGUUAUAUGUAUAGGAGAUAAAAGUGUUUUGUGAUUGAAUUUUAUUAUAUAUAUAUAUAU